UUGAGAAAGAUGUAAUUUUCGAGGAAGCAAAACGUGUGACCAAAACUUUGCCAUUAUUAUUUCAUAGUUAGUAGUUACUAACUAUGAUUAUUUGAAUUACUUCCUGUUGUGUUCCCCUACUAUCAUUAAAGCGAUCCCUUUGAACCGAUUCCCUUAAAUGCAAAUGAGAGCUUUGUUUUGAGAUGCCUUACAUCAAUUAAGAAAAUUUUAAAUAUCGAUGGUACUUAACCACCCUGGGACAUCCAUCGAAUCUCUACAUUUUCCCCAUCAGUGUAUUUGUAGCUUUAAAUUUUCAAGAUCUAACGACGGAAAGCACGUGGAAGCACGUGCAAAGUCUCCGCAUAAAAAUGUAAUCAUGUUUUCCAGCCUACUACAUGACUCUAAGAAGAAUAAACGGAGUAACGUUUCCGAAAUGGCACUUCUAUUUUUGUCUCUGAAAUUGUUCCCAUUUUACCCCUCACCUAUCAACAAACAAAUAAGUUCAAAGAGGCUAUUAGAUUUAAAGCUAUUGUUUUUCCUUGGAAAUGAAAAUGAUCCGGUCACUUAAAAUGUAUUCGGUCGGGUGACAUGUGCAAAUUAUUCCUACUUUCCGACAGGAAUUAACGAGUGCAAGCUGAAAACGUCAUUUCAGUGAACUUAAUGACCUGACAAGAGAGGUAGGAUACAAGGCUUUCAAGAUCAAUGCAAGAUUUCUGCAGCAUGUCUAGAAUCGGAAUUGGGAAUUGAAAUUAGAAUCGGAAUUAGGAGCUCGUACAUGUCGACUCCUUUAUCAUGAGCAGCUGGUACUGGAAUGUUGGAUGGCUUCCUUCAAUACUGGCUGUUGUUGGAAACGGUCUUGUUAUCUACUUGAUUCUCGCACGCCGUAUUCUUCGCACGACUGCCAACAGAUUUGUCCUGUCGCUUGCAAUAGCUGACUUAAGUGUUGGAGCAUGUUUCUAUCCGGGACAAGCGAUAUGCCACUUUGUACUCACUUCGUGCAAUGAGAUGAUCAGAGACGAUAUUGCAGUGUUGAUGAUUUACUCUUCAGUCUGUAAUCUUUUUGCCAUGACUCUCGAUCACUAUAUUGCCAUCACCCGUCCUCUUCGCUACACAUUACUUAUGACUGCUAGACGCGUCGCAGUUGUAACAGCCGCGGCGUGGAUAAUUCCACUGUCAUUCUACUUCAUCCCGUCCGUUUGUGCCAGUUUGGGUUUAUUUCGCAUAGACUUUAAGGUCAGCGUAAUCAUCUGGACGACACUGUUCGAGUUUAUUCCUUGUCUAGUGUUACUCCUAGUAACCGUGCGGAAUGUGAUAACCUCACAGAAACACAGCCGCCGCGACACACUACUGAAUAUACAACUACGUCACAACCAACCAAAUAUGAAACGUCCUCGAUCAGCUUCUUCUACGAAAGUGAUAACAACUGUGGUAGUCACAUUUCUGAUUUGUUAUUCGGUCGAGGUUUACAGCUCAUUUUGUCAUUUUACGUCAUUAUGUGUGAUGAACCAAAACUUGUACAAUGUAGUGCGCUUUCUAGUUAUCAUUAAUUCUGCUAUUAAUCCCAUCGCUUACGCGUUAUUAAAGCGCGAUAUUAAAAAGGAACUCCGUAAAAUGUUCCGCCAAAAACCUGUUUGGAAAAGACGCAAUUCUGAACGAACAACUAGUGUGUAGGGGCAGUCGUUGUUUAUAAACUGCUCGGCAAAAAAAAUCUUGAAAUGAAUUUUACAUUUCGUCAUCUAGACAAAAUAGAUAAAAUAAACUGUCCAAGAAAUAUUGAGAACAUUUUUCAAUCGCAUAUUGCAAUGAAUUUUGCUUUGCAUUUCAAAAUAUAAAUGAGUAAUCUUAAAAUCAGUAGAGCACGUUGAUUGAAGUUUUCAUUGGCUUGUGAAUUAUAUCUACAUAAUGAACACUGGUUCCAUAUUGCAAUUGUUUCCACUUUUCCUUUCGUUAUCUGUGCUUUCGUGAUCAGUUGUAGCAAAGUACGGUUUCUGUCCGUUCUCAGUUCUUCCGUGGAAAAAACAAAAUUUUGGCAAGCAUCUCAGUGGAAAACUGGACAAGCACUCAUGUGUUUUAAGGCAAGGGUGAUUUUCGCUUCUAGUCAAUAAACGUUACAUUUCACGUGGUUUUAUUGGCGCAGAAAUAUGCUGUAUCUACUGUAUCUACUUUCUUAUUAGUCCGUGCUAAUAGCGAUGUCUAAUGCAUGACCCAGUUUUCAAUUACAAGUAAAGAGGAGAUUGCAUAGUUAUUUAUAUUUUGAAAUUGUUCCGAUAACAAACUCUGUCAAAGAUGAAAGACGUGCUUCUGAAGAAAUUAUCGUGUUUUAAUCUGAGCUGAUUAUUCGGGAAAAGAAUUAUUUAUUCACUGUUGCAAAGUUUUUUCUUUUUUUCAUUCCUUACACUAAAUAAAUACUUCGUACAACAUCAGUGCACUGUACUGUGUCAUAAAAACCAGAAUAUCUUACUUAUAAUUAUUAGUGGUAUUAUAACAAAGGACCAUCACCUCGCAGAAAUGACAUUUGAAAGAAGCUAGGAAAUUAUGCAUGGCCAAAUCGUGAUCGUGUGAAUUGAGGUUUAUUUAAGGCAAAUCGCUUCCUGUUAAAACGGCAGCGUGCAUUAAAUUAACGGACACCGGAACUGGUAAUUUAUUGUCUCCGUAAAAGUAAUGAUAAAGAAAAUGUAUUAAUAAAAAAUAGACACAUUUUAAGAACAGCAUGGUAACGCUAACUUUUUCAUUUCCUAAACCUCCUGAAUUGAAAACACAGACGAACUAAAUGUACUGUUGUUGUUUGAAAUGGCUACCGUAAAGUCAAAUUGGGCAUUUUUUUGUUUCCUUUGAGAUAAGCAACAUGGAAAGAUGACGUUUUAUCACAUGGUAAUUAGGCCAUGAUCUCAUAUCCAAACAGCCGCUGUCUCAGAUUUCUUGCUCUUUUCAGAACGAAGAAAGCAACCAAAACUGGCUCAGAAGAAACCAAAUCAACGAAUCAAUCAU